CGGUUCCUUGAUUACACCUUUGGGCGCAAGAAAUCAAGAACAUAAAAACCAGAACACUUGAGAGUUGAGACCAUCACUGUAAAAACAUCGGAAAAGAAGAUCAAUCGUGUCCAAGAAUGUUGUUUCAAGUUCCUCGUUUGACGAAUGCGCUUAGAGAACCAUUCGAUGCUGAUCAAGCUUACCUUCACCGCAAAUCCAUUCUCCAAAACCUCAACUCUCGCAAAAGUACUGCAACUUCACUUGAAGAAUCAGAACUUGCUCGAAAGAUUGUACUUAAAUGGGACCAAGCUUCUCCGGAGUUGCGGCAAGCAUAUAAGCAGUUUGUUGCCACGGUAGUUGAGUUGAUGAAGGGUGAGAUUGUGUCCGAGGAGUUUAGAGAGGUGGCAUUCAGUGUAUAUAAGCUUUUCAGCGGACCAGUGGUGGAGGAUGAGGAACACAGGAUUAUUGCUGAGAAGAAGUUAGAUUUGCAAAAACUUGUUGGCUACGCAGUUUCAGACUCAUUACUAUCAAGAGUUGCCUCUUUAGCACAAAGAUUGUAUGAAUUGCAGAAUAAUCACCCUGGAAUUGAGACUGCUUCUUUACAAAUGUCUAAUGGAACCACUGAUGAAGUGGAAUUUGGCUCGGACCUUGUGUUCAGACUGCCAGCCCGUUUUUUAAUUGAUGUUUCUUUGGAAGAUUCUGAUUUUUUUGUUGAGCAGGAUAGUGCACCUUCUUCAAUUCAUGAAACUCAGUAUGAUCAUGGCCCCAUCACAAAUUUUAAAGAAUCUGUAACUGGUGGAAAAUUUGAUUUAAUCUGGUUAAGAGAUGCCUGUGAUAACAUAGUUAGAGGAAGUACUUCACAACUUCCUCGAGAUGAACUGGCAAUGGCCAUAUGCCGCGUGCUUGAUUCUGAGAAACCAGGGGAUGAGAUAGCUGGCGAUUUGCUUGACCUUGUUGGUGAUGGUGCAUUUGAAACCGUUCAAGAUCUUGUCAUGCACAGAAAGGAAAUUGUUGAUGCAAUCCAUCAUGGAAUACUUGAACUGAAAGCUGACAAGACGUCUACGGGCGGGCAAUCACGCGCUCCUAGUUAUGCUGUCCAGGUAACUGUUCAAACCGAGUCUGAACGGCAAAUUGAUAAACUUCGUCGCAAGGAAGAAAGGAAGCAUAGACGAGGAACAAAUAACGGGGUUGAGGGUGAUUUGUCUACCAUGAGUUUUAGUUCUUUACUUCAUGCAAGUGAGAAGAAAAACAUAUUUGAGGACCUCAUUGGUCAUGGUGAAGGGCCAAACAGCUUAGGUCCUACAGCCCUUCCUCAAGGAACUAUCAGAAAGCACUUGAAAGGAUAUGAAGAAGUCAUUAUACCUCCAACACCAACUGCAUCUAUGAAACCUGGGGAGAGACUGAUUGAGAUAAAGGAGCUAGACGACUUUGCUCAAACAGCUUUCCAUGGCUACAAGAGUCUCAACCGUAUUCAGAGCAGAAUUUACCAUACUACUUAUAAUAGCAACGAAAACAUACUAGUAUGUGCUCCCACUGGGGCUGGGAAAACAAACAUAGCGAUGAUUGCUAUUCUACAUGAGAUUAAACAUCACUUUAGAGAUGGUUACUUGCAUAAAGAUGAAUUCAAAAUAGUCUACGUUGCUCCUAUGAAGGCAUUAGCUGCAGAGGUCACAUCAACUUUCAGUCACCGGUUGUCUCCGCUUAAUGUAACUGUGAGGGAACUUACUGGAGACAUGCAACUUUCUAAGAAUGAGCUUGAGGAAACACAGAUGAUAGUGACAACGCCUGAAAAGUGGGAUGUUAUUACUCGUAAAAGCAGUGACAUGUCACUCUCAAUGCUGGUGAAGCUACUUAUCAUUGAUGAAGUUCAUUUGCUAAAUGAUGAUAGAGGCCCUGUGAUAGAAGCAUUAGUAGCCCGUACACUUCGUCAGGUGGAGUCCACACAGUCUAUGAUAAGGAUAGUGGGCCUUUCAGCCACUUUACCCAACUAUUUGGAGGUUGCACAGUUUCUAAGGGUGAAUUCAGAGACAGGCUUAUUUUUCUUUGAUUCGAGCUACCGUCCAGUGCCUCUUGCACAGCAGUAUAUUGGUAUUACUGAGCAUAAUUUUUUAGCCCGCAAUGCACUGCUUAAUGAGAUAUGCUACAAUAAGGUUGUUGAUUCCUUAAAACAAGGGCAUCAGGCUAUGGUUUUUGUUCAUUCGCGUAAGGACACAGUGAAAACUGCUGAUAAGCUGGUUGAAUUGUCUGGUAAAAGUACAGAGUCUGAUCUGUUCGCAAAUGACGAGCAUCCUCAAUAUGAGAUUUUAAAGAGGGAAGUUCUCAAGUCCAGAAAUAAGGAGGUCGUCCAACUGUUUGAACAUGGGAUUGGCAUUCAUCAUGCUGGAAUGUUACGUGCUGACAGAAACCUAACAGAAAGACUUUUCUCUCAGGGACUUUUGAAGGUCCUUGUUUGCACAGCAACUUUGGCAUGGGGAGUCAAUUUGCCUGCUCACACAGUUGUGAUUAAGGGAACUCAAAUAUAUGAUCCAAAGGCUGGUGGAUGGCGAGAUCUGGGUAUGCUAGAUGUUAUGCAAAUCUUCGGACGUGCUGGAAGACCUCAGUUUGAUAAAAGUGGUGAAGGCAUUAUAAUCACUUCACAUGACAAGUUGGCUUAUUAUUUACGUCUAUUGACAAGUCAACUUCCUAUAGAAAGUCAGUUCAUCAAUUCCUUGAAAGAUAAUCUAAAUGCUGAGGUGGUACUAGGUACUGUAACAAAUGUUAAGGAAGCUUGUGCUUGGCUUGGUUACACUUACCUUUUCAUUAGGAUGAAGAUGAAUCCUUUGGCCUAUGGUAUCGGAUGGGAUGAGGUAAUGGCAGAUCCAUCAUUAAGCUUAAAACAAAGAGAUCUUAUAAGUGAUGCUGCUCGUGCACUUGACAAAGCAAAAAUGAUGCGUUUUGAUGAGAAAAGUGGGAACUUCUACUGCACUGAGCUUGGGCGUAUUGCAAGCCACUUUUAUAUCCAUUAUACUAGUGUUGAAACUUACAAUGAAAUGUUGUCACGCCAUAUGAAUGAAAGCGAGUUGAUAAAUAUGGUAGCUCAUUCUUCGGAAUUUGAAAAUAUUGUGGUCCGAGACGAGGAACAAAAUGAGCUUGAGACGUUGGCUCGCACAUAUUGUCCAUUGGAAGUCAAGGGUGGCCCAUCUAACAAACAUGGAAAAGUUUCAAUUCUUAUUCAGUUGUACAUCUCUCGAGGAUCAAUUGACACGUUUUCACUGAUCUCUGAUGCGGCUUAUAUAAGUGCAAGCUUGGCUCGUAUCAUGCGGGCCCUUUUUGAGAUUUGUCUGCGUAGAGGGUGGUGUGAGAUGUCUGCUCUUAUGUUAGACUAUUGCAAGGCUGUAGAUCGCAAAAUAUGGCCCCAUCUACAUCCUCUUAGACAGUUUGACAGAGACAUUUCUUCAGAAAUAUUGAGGAAGCUUGAAGACAAGGAGGCGGAUUUGGAUCAUUUACAAGAGUUACAAGAGAAAGAUAUCGGAGCUUUGAUUCGUUAUGCACCUGGAGGAAAGGUUAUUAAGCAAUGUCUGGGGUAUUUCCCAUCAGUCCAGUUGGCUGCUACAGUAAGUCCAAUCACUAGAACGGUUCUGAAGGUUGAUUUGGUGAUAGCUCCUCAGUUUGUUUGGAAGGAUCGAAUUCAUGGCACUGCACUGCGCUGGUGGAUUCUGGUUGAGGAUUCUGAAAAUGACCACAUUUACCAUUCAGAGCUCUUCACCCUCACAAAGAAGAUGGCCAGAGCGGAUCCACAGAAACUAUCCUUUACUUUGCCAAUCUUUGAGCCACAUCCUCCGCAGUACUACAUUCGUGCUGUUUCUGAUUCGUGGCUACAUGCAGGCGCUUUGUACACUAUAACUCUCCACAAUCUUACUCUUCCAGAGGCUCGAACAUCCCACACUGAGCUUCUAGAUUUAAAACCCCUUCCUGUGACUGCACUCGGCAAUGGAACUUUUGAGGCCUUGUAUAAAUUUUCACACUUCAAUCCUAUACAAACACAGGCUUUUCAUGUGCUGUAUCACACAGACAAAAAUAUCCUCUUAGGAGCUCCGACUGGAAGUGGGAAGACGAUAUCAGCUGAGCUUGCUAUGCUCCAUUUAUUUAAUACACAGCCCGAUAUGAAGGUUAUCUAUAUAGCACCUUUAAAGGCUAUUGUACGGGAGAGAAUGACGGACUGGAGAAAGGGUCUUGUUUCCAAACUUGGAAAGAAGAUGGUUGAAAUGACUGGUGACUACACCCCGGAUCUAAUGGCUCUCUUGUCAGCAGACAUCAUAAUCUCCACUCCCGAAAAGUGGGAUGGUAUCAGUCGCAAUUGGCACAGUCGAAGCUAUGUCACUAAGGUUGGACUUAUGAUUUUGGAUGAGAUUCAUUUACUUGGAGCUGAUCGAGGACCCAUACUUGAGGUUAUUGUCUCAAGGAUGAGAUACAUAUCUUCUCAAACAGAGCGUCCAGUUCGGUUUGUUGGUCUGUCGACAGCAUUAGCAAAUGCACAUAAUUUGGCUGAUUGGUUGGGUGUCGAUGAAACUGGCCUCUUCAAUUUCAAGCCAAGUGUGAGGCCUGUUCCUCUUGAAGUUCAUAUUCAGGGAUAUCCUGGGAAGUUUUACUGCCCGAGGAUGAAUAGUAUGAACAAGCCCGCAUAUGCUGCUAUAUGUACCCAUUCACCAACAAAACCUGUUCUGAUCUUUGUCUCGUCUCGUCGCCAAACAAGGCUUACAGCACUGGACCUUAUUCAGUUUGCAGCUUCAGAUGAGUACUCGAGGCAGUUCAUAAGCAUGCCAGAAGAUUCACUUCAGAUGGUUCUUUCUCAAGUCACGGACCAGAACUUGAAGCACACCUUACAAUUUGGAAUUGGGUUACAUCACGCCGGGCUGAAUGAUAAAGACAGAUCAUUGGUUGAGGAACUGUUUGCAAACAACAAGAUCCAGGUGUUGGUUUGUACAAGUACGUUAGCAUGGGGUGUGAACCUUCCUGCACAUUUGGUUAUUAUUAAGGGAACAGAGUAUUAUGAUGGGAAGGCAAAAAGAUAUGUUGAUUUCCCAAUCACUGAUAUAUUACAAAUGAUGGGUCGAGCUGGUCGUCCACAAUAUGAUCAACAUGGGAAAGCUGUUAUUCUUGUUCAUGAACCCAAGAAGAGCUUUUAUAAGAAGUUUCUAUAUGAACCAUUCCCAGUAGAAAGUAGCCUGAGAGAGCAAUUGCAUGACCACUUCAACGCUGAGAUUGUUACGGGAACAAUCUCUCAUAAAGAGGACGCAGUGCAUUAUCUCACUUGGACCUACUUGUUUCGUAGAUUGAUGGUUAACCCAGCUUAUUAUGGCCUAGAGCAUGCAGAACCUGGGAUUCUAAAUUCUUAUUUGUCUAGCUUGGUGCAAAGCACAUUUGAGGAUCUAGAAGACAGCGGAUGUAUCAAGAUUACUGAGGAUAGUGUCGAACCACUGAUGUUGGGCUCGAUAGCAUCUCAGUAUUAUCUCAAGUAUACCACUGUAUCAAUGUUUGGCUCAAAAAUAGGACCUGAUACAUCGCUUGAGGUUUUCCUACAAAUACUGUCUGGUGCUUCUGAAUACGAUGAGCUCCCGGUGAGGCAUAAUGAGGAAAACUACAAUGAAAAAUUAGCUGAGAAAGUUCCAUACGCUGUCGACCACAAUCGCCUGGAUGAUCCUCAUGUGAAAGCAAAUCUGCUCUUUCAGGCUCAUUUUUCCCAAUCAGAGCUACCAAUCAGCGAUUAUAUCACAGACUUGAAGUCUGUGCUGGAUCAAAGUAUACGUAUUAUCCAGGCUAUGAUAGAUAUCUGUGCUAACAGUGGAUGGCUUUCCAGUACCAUUACCUGUAUGCAUCUGUUGCAAAUGGUCAUGCAGGGCUUGUGGUUUGAUAGGGACUCUCCUCUUUGGAUGUUACCAUGCAUGACUGAGGAUCUACUCAGCUCAUUGCAUAAAAAAGGAAUUGCUAGUAUCCAGCAGCUGUUGGAUUGUCCUUCAGAAUCUUUGCGAGCUAUCACUGGGAGUUCAGCUGCCUCGAGACUCUAUCAGGAUAUGCUGCGUUUCCCUAGGAUUCGAGUUCAAUUAAAAAUUCAGAAAAAGGAAUCUGAUGGUGGCAAGAUUUCUACCUUGAACAUUAGAUUGGAAGAUGCGAACACUCAUCGGAAAACAGCAAAAGCUUUUAUCCCACGAUAUCCAAAGGUAAAAGAUGAAGCUUGGUGGUUAGUCCUUUGUAAUACUUCCGCGAGUGAACUGUAUGCUCUGAAGAGAGUGUCUUUCUCUGGUCGUUUGCAGACACACAUGAAUUUGCCAUCCGCUCUGACCAAUUUCCAGGGGAUAAAGCUCAUUCUAGUAUCGGAUUCAUAUAUUGGGUUUGAACAAGAACACUCGAUUGAAAGAUUGGCUUAAUCUGGAGCUAACUUUGGCGACUCCAGAUCGAAAUGCAGUGCUCCCAAAUUAGAAUUUGAGUUUGUAUAGCACAAGAGGCUUUUCUUUUCUUUUUUUCUUUUUUCCAGUCAGUUAUAGAAGUUACGUUAAAUGUCUACUUUAGUAAUGAGACAUUGUUGAGGUAUUGCUUUGUAAUCCUUUUGGACUAGUUGAUCGUCAUCCUUCAUUUCUGUUUGUCAUGUAUAUCCAGUUAGAUAUAUGGAUCAGCGUACUUUUGGAA